AUGGCUGGUCUUCUUUCGCUUCCGACCGAGAUUCUCGAUCGAGUCUGCUCGCUCGUCGACCUCCAGACGCGCAAAGCGCUACGACUCGCGAAUCGACGGUUAAGCACCGUCGGCCAACGCUGGAUCUUUGACACGGCAAUUGUCAGUCCGACUGAUGCCAGCUGCGACCGACUGGACCGCAUUCUGGAAUCCACCGGGCUGGCUUCAUACGUGACCAAGAUCUACCUCAACACCUGGGAUCUGGAUCUGGACAAUGUGAGUCAGUCUCCGCGUUGCCGCGUGUUGACGCUAAUCAAUAUCAGGGGAUUGGAGACCAAUAUUACGAACAUGAAGACGCAGAAGAAGAUACGGGUCUUCAUCCACGAUUCUGGAGCGUCUUUGACCGUCUGA